AUGGAUCUUAUGAACAGUAAUGAUACAACCAGAACUGAACUGAACAAAGGACAAGCUGAGUACAUUAGAUGGAUGGGGAUGCACGAUGACAUUCUCAGACAGAAAGCUAGGUUCUUUAACAUCAAUCAUCACUACAAUGAUCAUGAUAUCAUCAACUGUAUUCCUAGAUGUGUAACUGAUACAGAUAAUAAAAGUCUCACUGCCAUUCCUGACACAAAGGAGAUUAGAGAUGUUGUCUUUAACAUGGAUCCUGACAGUGCAGUAGGGCCGGAUAGUUAUAAUGGGAAAUUCUUUCAAUCCUGUUGGGAUAUCAUUAAGGAGGAUAUCACUGAUUUUGUUCAAGCUGUUUUCAAUGGCAGGAGGCUCACUAAAAAAUUUUCUCAUACUUACUUAGUUCCUAUUCCUAAAGUUGACUCCCCUAAUAGUUUUUCUGACUUGAGACCUAUUAGUUUGAGUAACUUUACUGCCAAGAUUAUCUCCAAGAUCCUUUCCAGAAGGCUGAAUCCUAUUCUUGGGAAGCUUAUAUCAGAGAAUCAAAGUGGCUUUGUAAAAGGAAGAUUGAUCACUGAAAAUAUCCUUCUAGCUCAGGAGAUUGCUUAG